UCCUUCUCCGCGGCCCCCUUCGCGCCGCCGUCGCGUUCUCCUCCGCGCAGGCGUCGACAUGUCGUCCUCGUCGUCCUCGAGCUUGCUUGCAACAUGGCGCGCCCAUGGUGCUCGCCCAUUUGCUCGCAAGAGUUCCUCAUAUGAUUCAUCGGAUGACGAGUUCGACCAAGAAGAAGAGGAGAACAUAUCGAUACUAUUAGCAUACCGCGCCGUUAAGAGGCCAAAAUUUGGUGGAUCGGUGUUCGGUAGACAGAAGUUGUGGAGAGAAAGGAUUGAAGGGCAUGAGAAGUUGAUGCGGUCGUAUUUCAAUGAGAAUCCGAUUUUCCCCGAAAGCUAUUUUCGGCGGCGUUUCCGGAUGAGUCUCAACUUGUUCAAGCACAUUGCAACGGAGGUCACCAAAUAUGAUCGCUUCUUUGAGCAAAGGAGGAAUGCCGCCGGAGAACUUGGCCAUAGCACAUAUCAAAAGGUGACCGCCGACUUGCGUAUGUUGGCAUAUGGUAUACCGGCGGAUCUUAUUGAUGAUCAUUUGGCCAUGGGAGAGAGCACUUCUAUCUUGUGUGUGAAGCGCUUUGUCGUUGCAAUUGUCAAUGUCUUUGGCUCCACAUACUUGAGAGCCCCCAAUGCUCAAGACACGGCAAGGCUUUUGGAGAUCAACGCCAACCGGGGGUUUCCCGGUAUGCUUGGUUCCAUUGAUUGUAUGCAUUGGAGUUGGAAGAAUUGUCCAGCGGCAUGGCAUGGACAAUUCAAAGGCUACAAGAAGGAUGCCACCAUAGUACUUGAAGCGGUGGCCGACCAAGAGACUUGGAUAUGGCAUGCUUUCUUUGGAAUGCCCGGAUCUUGCAAUGACAUCAAUGUUCUUCAACGGUCACCACUAAUGACAAGACUUGCAAUGCGGGAAGGUCCAUUGGUGGAGUUUGAAGCAAAUGGGCACAAGUACAACUAUGGCUACUUCCUCGCCGACGGCAUAUAUCCAAGGUGGCAAACAUUUGUGAAGCCAAUUAUUCAACCAAGAGGUAAAAAGCAAACUCAAUUCCACAAUGCACAAGCGGCGGCUAGGAAAGAUGUAGAGAGAGCAUUUGGGAUUUUGCAAGCCCAAUUUGCCAUUGUUAGAGGACCGGCUAGAUUUUGGGAUCAAGAAUGCCUUUGGUAUAUCAUGACCGCGUGUGUAAUCAUGCACAACAUGAUUAUAGAGGAUGAUCGCGGAAAAGAUGUGGAUCAUACCCACUACGACUUGAUGGGGGUUCCCGUGCAAGUGACGAGGUCCGCACAUAGGAUUGCCCGAUUCAUUGCCUCAUACCAUGCCAUUCGGUGCAACGACACACAUGAUGAGCUUCAAAAAGAUCUCAUGGAAGAAUGGUGGAAUUGGAAUGGACAACAAUAGUUGCAUAUUUGUUGUAUUUGUUUGAAAACUAUGUUUUGUAUUGUCUCAAAACCAUGUUGUAUUGUUGUAUGUUGGACGUGUUGUAUUUGGUGUGAAGUAUUGUUGUGAACAAUGUAUUGUAUUUGGAUGGUACAAUAUAUUUGUGAAUUUUUAUAUAUUGUUUGAUCUUCUUGGAUGCAUACUUGUGUGUGUUUGUUGUUUGCGCCGCGCCCGCGCGCUGCAAAAUGGCGCGUCCGGAGGAGGUGCUAUUUUACCGCGCCAACGCGCGCUGCAAAAUGGCGCACCCGGCGGAGGAGAAAUCGAUCCGGCGCGCGGCAACAGUUU